CAAAUAGGACCGUUUUUGUAUGUGUAACAUUUUUUCUAUUAGGGAUUUUAUUUUACAUGUAGCUAGGUAUAUGAUGGGAGUACUUGGAACAGAACAGCAGUUAUGUCCGUGCUACAAGGAGUGCCAACAACAGUUCUACAAACUAGCUGAAUUUAAGGAUACUGGGUUGGUGGUCUAUUGUCAUAGCACACGGAGAACGAAUGUAAGAGAACACUUUUCCGUAACUACUUAACUAGGUUCUAGGUAUGUAGGUCAGGCAAGGUGAAGAAGGCGCUGUAAAAGAUGUAUUUAUAUUGCAUAAUACGGGAGGCGUAAAAAUCACAAAUGCCGAUUUAACUUCAGAAUUGGUUUCAGAAAAAAAAGACAUCAGCUGCCCAAGAUGUAGAAAAACAUUAGAGCAUGCUCAAGAACUAAUUAAAAAAAUACCGUCGAUAGGUAGGAGAAAUACUAUAGGUGUAUGUGAUCACUGUCGUAAGAAAGCUCAAAGAAUUAAAAAGCCAUGCUUUGCCUGUGAAGAGAUUGUAAAGAAAUUUAUAUCAGUUAAAGGUGAACAAAAAGAAGAGACAAAAAAGGAUGUUAAAUUAUGGCUUUCAAGAAUGGGGCAUCUUUUGAAAGACACAAUGAAUCUUGACAAUAGACACCAAACUCGUACCUAUUCUGACGCACAUAUAAACCAAAUAUUUAUAAAAUCACCCAAAUGUAGACGUGAACUAGAAGUUCAACAAAUGUUUAGCCCCGAAACACACAAAUCAUAUGCAGACAUAUUUGUGGACACGACAACAGAAUUAAAAGAAAUUAAUGUGCCUGAAAAGGCUGUAGCUUUUUCUCAACCUAUUGAACCAUCGGAAACUGUCGUUGGAACGCAUGUACCUGCACAGGAGCCCCCACGAACUUCACUAAAAGAAGGCAAACUAGAAGAUAAGUUAGAUUAUUACAAUAAACCUUCAAUGGAUGUUAAGGAAGCUAUAAAAAUAAACAUGACCUCAGUUUGAGACAAAUGGUGGGAUCUGGAAAAAAAUUUAGAGCCGCAUCGAAAAGGCCUGAAAUAUACGAAAUUCUUAAAAUCGCACCAUGGGAACACCCUAAAACCGAAAAAGAUCAUGACGGCAUAUCAGAAAUUUUUAUUAAAUUGCCUAAAGCAAAACAAGAUUUAAGUUCAGAAAGUUCAGGUGAUGCAGAAUCUGAAUUGUACAAAUUAAAAAAAUAUGGAUCAAGAACCUCUCAAAAAGAAUCGAAACGGAAACCUUUGGAAUAUGCUGCUGAUACCAAAUUUAAUGCUAAAGAAACCGGUAAAAGAAAGCACCCAACAUCAAAAAUCUCGUCACAAAAGAGUUUAAGAGGUACUCGCUCUGAGCGAGUUGGUAAAUAUGACCACGGUAAAUUAAAUAAAGAAAUAUCUGAAUCUGAACUAAUAUUCCAGAAAAUUAAGCGAGACGAAUACCAUUUACAUGAUAAAGAAUUUAAAUCAGAACAAGGUGUAGCAAAAGUAACUGGACAAAAACCCAUCGGAUCCAAAGAUAACGUAGAAAGAAAAUUGAAACACCAAUUCAGCUUCUAUUUUCCAAAAAAAGUCCAAAAACACAAAAAACAAUUCAAAGUUCGUUCAUCAGAGCUUAUUAAGACAACACAGGAAAAGAUACUUCAACAAGCUGAAGAUGCGCAGAAACGGCUUGAAGUUGAACAACAACAAAAACAGGAAGUACAUGAAAAGAAAAUGCUAACCGAAAAAGGGAAAACGCAGCAGGAUGAAGAAAUACGGCAGUCAAUUAAGGAUGAAAAAGAAGAUAUUAGAAUGACAGUUGAAAGAAGCUUUGAAGAUUUGGAAAGCAAAUCAUUGGCAGAGAGAGAAAAGCAAGAUAGAGCGAGGGACCUCUCCAAAGAAGAUAAAUACAAAAGAGACACGAUGUCGGAUUCAGGUUUAUUUGAAAAGGAUUUGAAACAAAGAACACAACCAAGGGACAAAAUGGAAACCGAUAGAGAAUUAGAAAAAUCUAGGAGAGGCUUAAAAUCGAAAAGUGACACAAGAGAUACAUAUGCUGACGAGACAGACAAAGCAAAGAGAGAAAGUUCUAAAACUGAAAGAGAAUUAGAAAAAUCGAAGAAAGGCUUAAAAUCGAAAAGUGACACAAGAGAUACAUAUGCUGACGAGACAGACAAAGCAAAGAGAGAAAGUUCUAAAACUGAAAGAGAAUUAGAAAAAUCGAAGAGAGGCUUAAAAUCGAAAAGUGACACAAGAGAUACAUAUGCUGACGAGACAGACAAAGCAAAGAGAGAAAGUUCUAAAACUGAAAGAGAAUUAGAAAAAUCGAAGAGAGGCUUAAAAUCGAAAAGUGACACAAGAGAUACAUAUGCUGACGAGACAGACAAAGCAAAGAGAGAAAGUUCUAAAACUGAAAGAGAAUUAGAAAAAUCGAAGAGAAGCUUAAAAUCGAAAAGUGAAACAAGAGGUACAUAUGAUGAUGAGACAGACAAAGCAAGGAGAGAAAGCUCUAAAACUGAAAGACAAUUAGAAAAAUCUAAGAGAGGCUUAAAAUCGAAAAGUGAUACAAGAGGUACAUAUGACGAUGAGACAGACAAAGCAAGAAGAGAGCUAAGUUCUAAAACUGAAAGAGAAUUAGAAAAAUCUAAGAGAGCUAUAAAAUCGAAAACUGACACAAGAGAUACAUACGAAGAUGAGAAAGAAAAAGCAAAGAGAGAGCAAAGUUAUAAGACUGAUCGAGAUUUAGAAAAAUCGAAGAGAGGUAUAAAAUCGAAAACUGACACAAGAGAUACAUACGAUGAUGAGAAAGACAAAGCAAAGAGAGAGCAAAGUUAUAAAACUGAUCGAGAUUUAGAAAAAUCUAAGAGAGGUAUAAAAUCGAAAACUGACACAAGAGAUACAAACGAUUAUGAGACAGACAAAGCAAGGAGAGAGCUAAGUCCUAAAACUGAUCGAGAAUUAGAAAAAUCUAAAAAAGGAACAAAAUCGAAAACUGACACAAAAGAUAUCUACGAUAAUAGGACAGACAAAGAAAGGAGAGAACCAAGUUCUAAAACUGAUAGAGAAUCAGAAAAAUCUAAAAGAGAUAUAAAAUCGAAAACUGACACAAAGGAUGCAUAUGACGACGGGACAGAUAAAAAUAGGAAAGAGCUAAGUUCUGAAACUGAUAGAGAAUUAGAAAGAUCUAAGAAAGGUGUAAAAUCAAAAAGUGACUCUAAACAUACGUAUGAUGAUGGGACAGACAAAGCAAGGAAAGAGCUAAGUUCUAAAACUGAUAGAGAUUUAGAAAAAUCUAAGAGAGGUAUAAAAUCGAAAAGUGAUACAAGAGAUACAUAUGAUGAUGGGACAGACAAAGAAAGAAAAGAGCUAAGUUCUAAACCCGACAAAGAAUUAGAUAAAUUCUUUCUUUCUUUCAAAUCGAAAAGUGAUAAAAGAGAUAUAUAUGAUGACGGAAUAGACAAAGAAAGAAAAGAGCUAAGUUCUAAAUCUAAGAGAGAAUUGAAAUCUAAAAGAGAUACAUAUGAUGCUACGACAGACAAAUCAAAAAAAGAAAUUAGUUCUAAAACUGACAAACAAGAUAAAUAUGAUGAAGUAUCCGAAAAAGCCAAAAAAGGGUCCAAGGCUAAAUCUGGACUAGGAGAUAAAUCUGAAGAAGCAUUGAAGAAAGAAAAGGAGACCAAAAAAGACUAUAAAAUAAAACCCGAAAAAGAUACUGUAGUUGAAGUUUCGAUGAGGUCUGAACCAAAAGAAAAGGGCUUCGAAGUGCAAGAAAAAGGUAAAAAAGGAAUUAAAGAAAAAUAUGAAUCAACGGGCAAAGAUGGUGAAAUAACUCCCAAAAGCAGAAAAGAGGUAACAGAUAAGCCCGGAUUGAAAGGUAAACAUGAGGACAUACCCGACUUGAGUAAAAAAUAUCCCAAGCUAAAAAGAGAAUCAGAUACAGAUAUUGAAAUAACGUUAAAAAGUAAAACUGGACAGCAAGCUAUCAAAAGUGAUAGUCAGUUGAAAAAAGAUUUAAAAGAAAAAUCUGAACGAGUUAAAAAAGCUGAAGACAAAAAAGACUUUCAAGAAGAACACAAAGAUAAAAAUGCUAAAGAAAAGAAACCAGAAAAGAAAGAUUGGAAUAAAGAUAUGGAUAAAGAAAUGGCAACAGCUUUAAAAAAUAAGGAAAAGCAAGAGCUUGAUGAAAAGCUACAAAGAGACAAAGAAGAAAAAGAAAUGCGAGAGUUAAUAGAACGAAAAGACAAAGAAUAUCAGAAGAAACCAUCAACAAAAGAAGCAGCAGAGAUGCCAAAAAAGUCUAUUAAAGAGAAAGAAACGCUCAAAAAGUCGGAGAAGGCCUCAAAAGCACAAAAAUCAUCUGAAAUUGAAAUAUCUAUGACAAAAAUAAAAGUCAAAGAUCCAAAUGCAUCUGAAAAUAUAAAACUUUCAACUACGCAACAAGAUUCUAAAAAGAAAAAAGGAGAAACGCCUGGAGAGAUGCAAGAGUCUUCUAGAAAAGAGUCUAAGAAAGCUGAAACAUCUAAAGAACCCAUAGACGAAAGUUCUAAAAAAGAAGAAGCUUCUAAAGAAGAUGCUAAAAAAAAAGCAAAAGAAUCAGCAGAUGAGGCUGAGUUUAGAAAAUUACAAGCUAAACUCAAAAAAGAAAAAGAAGAAGCCUUAAAGCAGAAAAAAAUAGAAGAAGCUGAGGCAAGAAAAUUAACAGAGUUAGCAGAAAAAAGAGCCAAAGAAGAAGCCGAACGUAAAAAAAGUGAGAAAGCACCAAAGUCAAUUGAACCACAAUUGUCUGAAGAAUCCACUCCAAGGCUAAUAAAGAUUAACCCUGCCGAUGUUGACCCUAAAGUUGUAAGAGCUCAUAGAAACCACUAUAGAUGUGGACACGACUCACAAACGUGUAUACUUUGUUUCGAUUCUGACUUAGAAAUUGAUGUUGAAAGUUAUGAUAAUAAACUUAAUCGUAAGAAGGCAGACAUAACAGACAUCAUAAUUGGCGAAUACAUAUUGAAAUAUAAACCACGCCGCGAAAUAAUUCAAGAAACUAAUGUUCCUUUAUUAUUUAAAUCGAAAUUUAUAGAAGAAUCUAAUCUACAACCAUCUAAAGAACUAGUGACAGUACCUACUGGUGUGGACGAACUCGAGAAUAAACCAGUUCUGCCAACUGUCAUGGCAAAGAAAGGCGCUAAUGUGAUCGACCCGGAGCCCGCGAAAGGUAUAGUACGAUACGCUUUGUCCGAUCGCACUUUCAUAGACAAGGGUUGGACUAUGCUACCAACUGAGAAAGUUGUGCGAAAGAUGAAUGUUUACCGUAUGCGUCCCGCGCAUCCCGAAUUCGACUGGUUCGAACACAACAAAAAUAAGCGAUUGAUGACUUACGAUACUGGUGAAAGAUUAGCAGAGUUCGAUGAUAACGGACGAGGUCGCUGGUAUUACAGAAGUGGACGGCUGGCAUUAGAUUAUUACGAUGCUGAAGAGACAAAUGCUCAACAGCGGUUCGUUAUAUACAGCAGUGGUGAGCCCGAUGAGCGCGGUCGCAGUUAUCCUAUUACGAUACUUGCCACUUUUGACUAUCUAGGAAAUGGGAUAGUUUUCGAUCAUGCGGGAAAAAUACGUCUCAAAUACAAUCAAACUGAAGGAGUAGUGCUCGAUCGUGGUAUCGGACCUGUUUCGCAUUGGAAAUGGCAUACUCUGAACGAUCCGCCGGUUCUACAACAAGUCAUGAUAGAUACGCAAAUGGCACAUAAAGAUCCUCAAAUACUUAAACUAGGCGCGGCUGCUGACACGAAAGUUCGACCGGAUAACGAAGAAAUGUUAGCUAUAGAGUUUGAUAACUUCAUCAAAGAGAAGAGUAAGAAGUUGUCGCAAAAAUUCAAGCCCUUCCAGAUAAAAAUGAAGGCUCUUAAAAUCAAUGAGCAUUUUUCUCUGAAAGUGUUAGAUCAAGCUACAAUCUAUCUAAUCUUUAGAGACGGUACGACUAAUUUGAAACUCAACAUCGGCAUGAUAUUAGACCAUCAAGAAAUUGUGGAUACGGACACUGCUGAGGUAGGAGAAGUUUCGAACAAUUUAGAAAGAUUCCCAGCUCGCACUGACAGCCUGGCGGGCUUGCAGCGCAGUGUAGCGUACGCGCAGCGCUACGAGAGGCAGCGCACCGAGCGCGAGCGUAGACUGCGGCCCCCGGAGCCUUGCGCCAGUGCGGAUCACCUCAUGGCUGCCGUCUCCGCCCCGUUAAGACCUCCUUUGAGGACUCUGCCCACUGCCUCUACGACUAGCGCUGGAUAUUGUCCUUGCCGAAAGCCAUCAAACAAUCUAUAUUAUAAUACCCGCCUUCUUUGAAUGAUGUACUCGCAAUUGUUAAACAUUUUCUAUUUCUUUUUAAAGUAUUGUUAUAUUAUUAUUUUAAUAUUUCCAUAAAUAAAUUAGUCUUAAUAUAA